AAAGGUUCUGUAUCAUCAGGGUCCGACAUUCUUGCUAACAUUAUUACUAUCGGUCAACAUUUUCAUUUGAAAAUCGAAGCGUGGAAAUUGUCUAACCAUGUGAAAUCCCUACUCCCCGAACAG